AUGCAAGGCUCAAAUCGAACAAUUGAUAUUAGUAGUGCUUCGGUUAUAGAUCUUAAGGCUGAACUUUUCAAACAGAAAGAAGAAUUUCGAAAACAAAAAGCAGCAGUAAAUAAUCAACCCGGUUCUGCAGCUCUAAGAAGGGUCGUAAAGAAAUCAGGACUAUGGGAACGUCAAAAUAGGGGAGUAAACGAAAGAUCUCAGAAAGAUGAAUUAGAAAUCGUUGAAGCACCGACACUGGAAGCCAGUCGAAUAGUAAUGGAAAGGAAAGCUAAAUUAUACGAUCAAUUGAAAAAGACUGGCAUUAGUGAUGAGAAGCUUGCUGAAGAAAUCUUGGUUGAUUUUGAUCGUAAAGCACUGGAACAUAUAUCGGAUGAUGAUGAGGAUAAAACAAAUACUGAGAAUGAUCCAUGGAUAGAAUACACUGAUGAAUUUGGAAGAACGCGCAUGGCGCGUAAAAGUCAAGUCCCAAAGGAAGAGUCCUCACCUCCAAGUACGUUGCUACCCGGUGAAGGAGAAGCUGAAGAUAUAUCAGCAAUGGAACAAGAGCGGCGACUAUGGGAAGAAGCGGCUUUGGAAGAAUUGAAAAAUGGCGGUCCACUUCACUACGAUGAAACAAAGGAAAUCCGUACAAAGGGUGUUGGUUUUUAUCGUUUCUCAAAAGAUGAGCUGGAGCGUGAAGAACAAAUGCGUGCAUUAAAAGAGAUGAGACUUGAGACCGAAACGAAACGAUCUAGUCAUCAAAGCAUUAAAGAAAAACGAAAAGCACAAUUGGAUGCAAGAAUGGCAAUGAUUCGUGCAAAAAGACAAAAAAAUACAUCCGUUGUGGAGUCGACAUCAGUACAACCGUCAUCUAUACAGAAAGAAGAGCCUAAAUUAGAUUCAUUAACUAGUAUAUCUACUGUGCAGAAUAUCUAA